UGGAGUUCUGUCUUUCAUCAUGCUGAGCGCUGACAGUCCGUUCCACGCGGAGAACAGUUUGGACCAGGACAAAAACAUCAAGAAAGGAAAGAUCCAGUUUGGACGUUGUUACCCCGGUCUGUCGGAGGGCGCCCUGAACUUCAUGAAGAGCAGCCUGAACAACAAGUCCUGGGCCAGACCCACCGCAGCAGAAUGUCUACAGAACACAUGGCUGCGGGCCCACCGCGGCCCACUCAGGGCCCGACUCUCCAAGGUGUGCUUUUCCACAGAUAAGCUUAAAGAAUACCUCAAACAGAAGGAGGAAAAACGGGAGGUGGUUCGCACCAAGAUUCAGCCUCCGUUCUUCCAGUGAAGCUAAAAUCGCAGCCUCGUGACCAGGACUUUUCACCCGAGCCUCGUUCUGCUUUUAGAAAAAAAAGAAAAAAACUGUUUUAGUUUUUCUCAGCUGGU